GCGCGCACCGGGUGCACGAUGAUGGUGGCGCCGGCGCCCGGCGGUGGCGGGUAGAAAAUGGCGGAUUUCGAGGAGCUGCGGGUGAGGGGAAAGCAGGGGGCCACAGGCGGCGGCGGCGGCGGCGGGUAGAAAAUGGCGGAUUUCGCGGAGCUGCGGAAUAUGGUAUCAAGUUUUCGUGUUUCUGAACUGCAAGUGUUGCUGGGGUUUGCUGGACGUAACAAAAGUGGGCGCAAACAUGACCUCCUGAUGAGGGCUCUGCACUUAGUGAAGAGCGGCUGCAGCCCGGCAGUUCAGAUCAAAAUCCGAGAGCUCUACAGGCGUCGGUACCCAAGGACGAUCGAGGGACUUUCAGAUUUAUCGGCAAUAACACCUGCGGCUUUCAACCUGGACAGUAGUUCCUCUCCUGUGGAGCCUGAUCUGGCUGUUUCUGGCAUUCACUCACUCCCUUCUACUUCGGUCACACCUCAGUCUCCUUCUCCGCCUGUCAGGUCCGUGCUACUCCAAGAGACUAAGUCCCACUUUGAGAUGCAGCAGGCAUCCCCUCCAAUCCCACCCGUUCAUCCCGAUGUCCAGCUGAAAAGCUUACCUUUCUACGAUGUGCUUGAUGUGCUCAUAAAGCCCACGAGUCUAGUACAGAGCAGUAUUCAGCGGUUCCAAGAGAAGUUUUUUAUCUUUGCUUUAACACCUCAGCAAGUCAGAGAAAUCUGUAUUUCCAGGGACUUCUUGCCCGGAGGCAGGAGAGACUACACAGUCCAAGUUCAGCUAAGGUUGUGCCUAGCAGAGACAAGCUGCCCUCAAGAAGAUAAUUAUCCUAAUAGUUUGUGUAUUAAAGUAAAUGGGAAGCUGUUUCCAUUGCCAGGAUAUGCUCCACCACCAAAAAAUGGAAUUGAACAGAAGCGACCUGGCCGUCCCUUGAAUAUCACAUCUCUAGUUAGGCUGUCAUCAGCAGUGCCAAACCAGAUUUCCAUUUCCUGGGCUUCUGAAAUUGGAAAGAGUUACUCCAUGUCUGUGUAUCUUGUCCGUCAGCUCACGUCAGCUAUGCUUUUGCAGAGGUUAAAGCUGAAAGGUAUCAGAAACCCCGACCAUUCCAGAGCACUAAUUAAAGAAAAGCUAACUGCAGAUCCAGAUAGUGAGAUUGCCACAACCAGUCUGCGGGUAUCUCUGAUGUGUCCUCUGGGAAAAAUGAGACUGACAAUCCCCUGCCGGGCUGUGACUUGCACACACCUGCAAUGUUUUGAUGCUGCUCUUUAUCUUCAAAUGAAUGAAAAGAAGCCUACCUGGAUCUGCCCUGUCUGUGACAAAAAGGCAGCUUACGAGAGCCUAAUACUAGAUGGGCUCUUUAUGGAAAUCCUUAAUGAAUGUUCAGAUGUGGAUGAGAUCAAAUUCCAAGAAGAUGGCUCCUGGUGCCCCAUGAGGCCAAAGAAAGAAGCUGUGAAAGUCUCAAGUUCUCAGUGCACCAAAAUAGAAAGUUCCAGUGUUGUUAGCAAACCCUGUUCUGUGACAGUGGCCAGUGAGGCUAGCAAGAAGAAAGUUGACAUUAUCGACCUGACAACAGAAAGCUCUUCUGAUGAAGAGGAAGAUCCUCCUGUCAAAAGGAAGUGCAUAUACAUGUCUGAAAUACAUGGGAGCCCAACCAAAGGGGUUCUCAUGUACCAGCCAUCCACUGCCAGAGUGCCCAGCGUGACGACUGUCGAUGCUGCUGCUAUUCCUCCUUCACUAACAGAGUACCCAGUACCAUUCCAUCACCCACCAAUAUCCAGUAUUUCAUCAGACUUGCCAGGUCUGGAUUUUCUUUCGUUAAUCCCAGUUGAUUCGCAGCAGUACUGUCCUCCUAUGUUUUUGGAUAGUCUCACCUCAACCUUAACAAGCAGCACGCCUGGCAGCAUCAUCACCUCAACCAGCCAGCAGGAGAGCAGCACGCUCGUUAGCUCCUCGGGCAGGGCCGAGGCCGGGGUGAUAACCAGCAGCAGCGGCGGCAGCGCUCCUGACAUCAUCUCCCUGGACUGACACUCGGGGCAGCACCACGGGACUCCCGCAGGCAUUGCACAGAGCCGCAGCUCCUCCCUCUGGAGCUCCGGCGUCAUCACCCCGGAGGUCAUCCUGGUAUUUAUUUCGAAAGGAUUUCCCUUCUGGAAAGUGGGGUUUAAUUUGUUGAUGCCAGGAAAAAAAAAAAAAAAAAAAAAAUGAAGCGAUAGGUUGGUUGGUUUAUUCCCCCUCCCCACCUCCCCCGCCCCGCUCACUAAGUAGCUGGUGUAGGAAGGGCCCUUGGAGAACAUGUGUUUUUGCUUUUGGUUCGUUCUGGGAACACUGCCUUUUUGUUGCUAGGUGGAUUCCAUAAAUGUUUUCUAAUUUUGUUGUAAGAAACAGCAAUAAUGUAAAAACGAAUAAGGUUGGUUGUUUUGGGUUGUUUUUUUUUAAUAAAUAGAGGAACUUAAUCAUUCUAGAACAACAACCAGGACAAAGGUGCAGAAGUGUAUGAGUUAGUGAAUUCUUAAUAUUUUCACUGGGGCCUGUAAUAAACUUCAUUAAGACAAUGAAGCUUUGAAAUAGCCAUGAUGUGUUGUUUGUCUUGUUCCCCACCUCCCCCUUACCUGGGGAUAUAUAGGAAACCUCUGUAAAUGGGAUUGUUUGGGGGGGUUUUUUCCCAAUUUCAUGUUUUUCUCAAAUGCAACAAGAUCCUAGGCUGUGACUUCUUCCUCUUUUAUGUUCUUUGGGCUGGGAAGGGGACAGACUAUCUAUGCAAACCCUGCAUCACACAGUCUCUAUGUUGCCAUGUCAGAAUCAGGACACAUCCCCACCACCAAAAACUCCAGCUAUAACAGUUGAGAGUACAGUUGCUUUCUGUGCCAGCUGUAAGGAGACAAAAAUGGGAAUUACCUUCUCAAGUGCAGAUGUAUUUGCAAGGAUUUCUUGCUCAUGGUUUGUGUCACCUCAGUAACUUCUGUAUCCCGCACGGGAAUACUUCCCGUGGGCUGUGGGGGAGGCUUGGCUUUUUGGAAGGCAGAAGCCAUAGCUGCACAGUGUCCCCACCGAAUUGGAAUUAUGUGUUUAGGGCUCAAUGAUGCUUUGUCCCAUGUUUCCUGGCCUCCUGAUUGUUGCUUUUCUACUUUAAAGGGAACAAUUUCCUCUUGUUUUACUCCUCUGAGUGUGCUGCUUUGUUCGUGUAUGUGCAGUGUCUGCCAUACACCUGGGGAUAACCUCAGCAGUACUGUAUGUGGAAGAGGUUACAGACUAGGAAAAACAAGUCAUUUCCAUAGAGCUGGAAUAAUGGUAUUGUCUAUGUAUGCUGGCAUAGCAGCUUUUCCAAGUGGUGUGUUUCUGUUGAAUAAAUGUAUUUGAGAUUAUUCUUUCCCUAAUGUGAAGGCUUCACUUUUUUUCAUAAUUUUAUGUUCCUCUUUUGUCAUUUCUUUAAUUGGAUGUCUGGUGCUUUUUGCUCUCCAUAGCUGUUACAGUAUUGAACAAAGUACAUGGAUGAGAAAUAUUGAAGCAGGAUGUUUUGUAUCUCUUGUCUGCCCUGUACUCCCACCUUUAAUGCUGCAUUACUGUUCCUUAUUGCCUUUUUUUGUAUGAUAUUUCACAGCAGUCUUGAGUUCACAUGUUGGUCUUAAUAGUGCACCUAGUCUUUUUUCUCUUUUUCUGUUUAAUUUUUUGUACCUGUUAAGGAUCAGUUUUUAGCAUGAUUUAUUUCCUAUAAAACCAUGCUUCUCAGGAAGCUUUUUCCUGAUGGCCUGCAGCAGAUCAGUGCUUUCUGCAUCACCAUUGCACAGUGACUUGACCUGUAAGUAGAGUGUGGAGAGAGGCUCCAGAAUAAAGCAUUUAAAACUGGU